UAUCAUUUAUUUAUUUUGCGCUUUCCUCUUCUCAAACUCUCACCUAAUAAAAAAACUCACCCGAAACAAUGGUUAUUUCAAAUAUUUAUCUAGCCAUUGUUUUGGUAAGUGGGUUAACCAUGGCCCACAUAUGUUGGGCAUCAUCUGUAUCCAGAUGGAAAUUACAAUACCUCAUACCAACCAAUGCGGCCCGUGCUAAGGUGAUGGAACCCCCCUUAGUUUGGAACAAGACUCUUGAAGAUUUUGCUAGAUCAUAUGCUAAAAAGAGAGCAUUAGAUUGCAAAUUACAACACUCUGAAAGCCCAAUUUACGGUGAGAACAUAGCAAUGAGCCCUGGGGAUUUAAGUGCAACUGCAGCCGUUGAUUUUUGGCUCACUGAAAAACUCGAUUACAAUUAUGGUUCUAAUACUUGCAAAGACUCGUGUGGGCAUUACACACAAAUUAUUUGGAAAGAUACCAAAAGUGUUGGGUGCGCUAGAGAAAAAUGCCGAAAUGGGGGCACUUUUGUUACUUGCAAUUAUUAUCCUCCUGGAAAUGUUGUUGGGGAGAAGCCUUAUUAAGCAUUAAGCAUUGUUUGGUAGAAAGGAAACUAUGUUUUGAAUUUUUCUCAUAAUGCCUCUUUAGUCAUUUUAUAUUUUUUUAAACAAAAACAUGCCUAGUAUAUGUGUAACGUAGAGAUUAUACAUUAGAUGUUGCUAAUAUGUUAUAGCAACAUUGUUGAUUAAAAUAUAUGGUGCCUGAUUUAUGACUAAAUUGACAAUCUCUUAGACAUUAA